AUGGAGUCAUGGCCGCCUGGCGCCUCUGGGCCCGCGGAGGCCGGGCGUCGCCUGCGCUGCUUGCGCGGCGCCGACUUGGCGGCCUCGGCCUCGUUGCUGAGCGGGGCCGGGGCCGAAGCCGGGUGCAGCGCGCCGGCCGUGGCGGCCGUUUUGCCGGCGGGGGGGAGCGGGGAGAGGAUGGGCGUCCCCACCCCGAAGCAGUUCUGCCCCAUCCUGGAGAGGCCGCUCAUCAGCUACACCCUGCAGGCCCUGGAGAGAGUAUCUUGGAUAAAGGACAUUGUUGUGGCAGUAACUGGAGAGAACAUGGAAGCAAUGAAGUGUAUUAUUCAGAGGUACCAUCAUAAAGGCAUCUCUCUGGUUGAAUCUGGAGUGACCCGCCACAGGUCAAUUUUCAAUGGACUAAAAGCACUGGCAGAGGAUCAGCCCAACUGUAGACUCUCAAAGCCAGAAGUAGUGAUUAUCCAUGAUGCUGUGAGACCAUUUGUGGAGGAAGAUGUCCUCCUUAAAGUUGUCACAGCUGCUAAGGAACAUGGGGCUGCAGGAGCAAUCCGACCUCUUGUAUCUACUGUCAUCAGUCCAUCUGUAGAUGGCUGCUUAGACCACUCACUGGAACGUGCGAGACACAGGGCAAGUGAAAUGCCACAGGCCUUUCUAUUUGACGUGAUCUAUGAAGCAUAUCAGCAGUGUAGUGACUAUGACUUGGAAUUUGGAACUGAGUGUUUGCAUUUGGCUCUAAAAUACUGUCACAUCAAAGCCAAACUUAUAGAAGGAUCUCCUGACCUCUGGAAGGUGACCUACAAACGAGAUCUGUAUGCAGCUGAAUCGAUUAUUAAGGAAAGAAUUUCACAACAAAUUUGUGUAGUUAUGGACACAAAAGAAGAUGAAGAACAUGUAGGUCAUCGUCUUGAAGAAAUGCUAAAAAAUGAAUUAAAUCAUGUAAAAGUCACAUCUGGCAGAGAUCUUCAGCAAAUCAUCUUACAGCAAUGCUACAAUUUUGUUUGUGUGAAUGUUAUGACCUCUGAUUUUGAAGAAACCCAGAAAUUACUGAAUAUGCUUGAAGAGAGUAAUCUUUCCAUUUUAUAUCCUGUUGUUGUUAUUUCAGUGCAAUUUCUUGAUUAUGAAUCAGUACCAUUUGGUCAGAAAAUGGAAAACCUAAUGCAGAUUAGAGAAUUUGCCAAGGAAGUGAAAAAAAGAAAUAUUUUAUUAUAUGGCCUUCUCGUAUAUUACCCACAGGAUGAACAGAAGCUACAGGAAAGUCUAAGGCAAGGUGCCACCAUUAUUGCUGCCUUAAUCAAAGAAAAAAAUUCCGGACUCAUUGGUCAACUACUGGUAGCAUAAAGAACAUGAAGAAAAUUACCUACUGUGUUCUUAGAAACAUUUACCUAAGUAUCUCUUUUGUGCUUCUCUCCUAAUUGUAUAUGGUAGAAUGUUUAAGUUGUAUUUUAUGUCUUUUAUAAUUUGGAGGAUGUGAUGCUUAGGUGAACUUAAAAACUUUUUAUGCAUGUCAAAUAUAAAUUGCUUAAACCGGAAAAGAACAGAUAAGUGGAAAAUAAUAGCCUUCACAUAAAGAAUGUGUGCCUUUUCACAAAGGCAUGAAAGGUAAAAUAGAAAUAAUGAUGAGUCAGCUAAUUCUCCAAGGAAUGAGAAUUUAGGAAAUGUCAACUAUUAUCUCUCUGUUAAUUAGUAAAUCACACUAUAAUGAAACUAAUAAAUAAGAUUAAUGAGUAUUGUUAAUUCUAACAUUAUCCUCUCUCCAUGGGUUAUUUUGAAUUGCAUUCCAAUUUUUCACACCUUAAAAAAAAAAGGAGAUAGCAGUGAACUCUGGUUUGAGUAUCUGUACCAUUAGCCUCACAUUACCCUAGAUCUCUAAAGGAGAUGUAAUCUCCUGCUUUUCUAAUGUUUUAAAAUUGUAUGUUUUCCUUGGUUUAUGAAAUAUAGUUUUGACUUACAUUAUUUUUAAAGGCUUCUGAUUUUUCUGAAUAACUUUAAAAGAAGACUGGAAAGCUUCAUGAAAGUGACGUUAUUUUGGUUAAUCUUAAGUUAGUCUUCUUCUAAAAGGAAGAGAGUCCAUUGCACAUAAAAUAAUUUUCUUUUGAUACGGAUAACUGCUGCCUUUUUAAAUUGAGUCCUUAUUCUUUCAAAUUUCCACUGGUAUAUACAUCUUAAAUAUUGAUGAUUUUUCCCUUACCUUAUAUUUUACAGUUUUGUCAAUCCAGUCAUUAGAGAUGCCUUUUAUUCUAUAUAUACACUUCAUAAAAACACAUAGAUCAGAUUAUGCCAGGGCUUAGGCUGCACGUGGGAACUAUAAAAAUUGCAUGAAAUGUUUUCAGUUAAAGAUAGACUACGAGGGCUUCCCUGGUGGCGCAGCGGUUGAGAGUCCACCUGCCAAUGCAGGGGACAUGGGUUCGUGUCCCGGUCCGGGAAGAUCUCACAUGCCGCGGAGCGGCUGGGCCCGUCAGCCAUGGCUGCUGAGCCUGUGCAUCCGGAGCCUGUGCUCCACAACGGGAGAGGCCACAACGGUGCGAGGCCCGCGUACGGCAAAAAAAAAAAAAAAAAAGACUACAAAAUAUCUACCUUGUGCGGUCUCUUCUUAACAUGUUGGGUGAUUUUGCCUUCAUUUCUCAAGUAUCCAUAAUAGUAGGAGAGUUUAUAUUUUACAUUUAAAUAAUAGUGAGUAGAAUAUGGAGGAAAUGAAGUAAUUAUUGCAAUUCAUUCUCCUAAAUGAAAUGUGUUGUUUGAAUGAAUGUAGGCUUAGAUCUCAAUUCCUGGGCUCGCCACUUUUUCUCUCUUUCUCUAGGGAUGUUAAGAAAUAUAAAAUAAAUCAUUUAAUUAAAAAUCUUGAGGGUGGAAAUAUAUGGGCAGUGUGUGGAUUUUGGUUAGAAUGUCUGUUGUCGUUAAGGCAGGUUGGCUACGUUGUAGAAGGUCAUAGGUGUGUGUUUUGACAUCUUCAGGUGGAAAUGUUUUAAGAAUUUGAAAUGUGCUCAUAAAGGCAAAAGGGGAAAAGUUACGAAGAUUUUAAGGAGAAAAUCAGUGCCUUUAGGUACGUGAUGGGAAACUAGGCAGUCUCUGGCACAAGCAUCACUGUAUCUAUUGAGUAAUGACUGAGUUACCUUAGAUUUCAACAGAAGGGAAUAUUAUACCAGACAAGAAUUUAUCUUGGGACAGUUAGUAUGCCUUUACCCUAGGCAAUUGUAAACAUUUAGUGUUAUGAGAUUUAGUUAAUAAAAUAUUAAGAUGACGAUGUCUGAAAUCAUCAUCAUCAUCAUCAUUAUGGCAUUUAAUUGUUUUCUUUAUAGUUUACAAAGUGAUUCACAGCAUUGAAAAUAAUUUAAAGAAAUCUCCUCACAUCCUUUACAAUUUAGAUGGAAAUUGAGGCUCAGGGAUCCUCACUACCUUCUCCAAAGACACAUGUUAAACUCAGGACCACGGAGAAUAAGUUUUAAGCUCAUUUCCUCUAUAACAAUGAUUGCAGGCAAAGGAUAUCCAGCAGAGAGGCCUUCGGAAAUGAGCCAGAGGCUCCGAAUGAGCGUUGGAGGAAUGGACGAGGAGGGACAGAUCAGUCCAGUGACCUGAGGAAAGUUCUGAAGCUUUUGGCUUUCCAGCCAUCUUUCCAACAUACAGAAAUUGUAGCUAAGGAUAAAGGGAAUGAAGAGAAUUAUUGGCCAGGAAGGAAAGAUAAAUUAAUUGAUUAUUUUAUUUGUUAAGAGAUCCAGAGGCAACUUUACAGUUAUAUAUUCAUCUCCACUUUGGGAAACGUAAUUACUUUCAUGAAAACUGUCCAUUUUCACUUUACUUUUCAAAAUCCCUUUAAAAAUUAUACUAAGUAUGCCUGAGGGUUGCUGAAAUUGCUUUCUACCUGUGCAAAUUUUGUGGAAAGGAUGUUUUCUUUUUAAAUGUAUGCUACUUAAUUACAUGCAAUUUAAAGUUAACCUUUUUAGGAAUUUAACACAGCACGAUCGGUAGUUUGAUUAAUGACGUAUUGGUAAGAGGUAGUAUUUUUUUUUUCAUGAGAGUGCUCAAUUUGAGAGAUGACUUCUUGCAAAUAGACUCAUCUACAGAUGAAAGUCAGACCCCUAUAUUCUACCAAGACCUCAGACCCCUAUAUUCUACCGAGAGCCAUUCUUAUUGUGGUCACUUUAAGCAUUUUGCAUUGGUUUACCAGGAAAACGCUCUUUUCCUAUGCUAGUUUACUGUACAUUUGACCCUUGAACAGCACAGGUUUGAAUUGCACUGGUCCAAUACGUGUUUUUUUUUCAGCAGUAGCUAGGAAGGAACCAUGGAUACAGAAGACUUACUAUAAAUUAUGCACAGAUUUUUGACUGCUGGGAGGGUCAACAGCUUUAAUCCCUGUGUUGUUCGAGGGUCAUCUGUAAUUAUACCUAUCAAAUUUUACGUUUUAUAUAUAUAUAAAUACAAUAUUGAUUUUAUAAAAAUCAAGUUGUAGUACUACAUUUUCUUAUGUUAAAUAUGUAAAUUUUACUUCAUUUUAAUGUUGAAACUAACUAUAUCAAGAAAACAUGAUAAUAGUUUAAUUAAAAUGUGAAGAAAGCCGUUUGAGAUAAGAAAGAUUGAAAUUGUUUUAAAAGUUUAAUUCAAAAAUAAACAGAAUAAAUGAAAAAUACAUAUUGUUUUAGGGUUUAUUAAUAUGGUUUAAAAUACGUGGACAAGAAGUGGCUGUGUAGCUGGUGUUUGGCAUUGUAACAUUAAUAGAUGUUCUUGUAUGGUUUUAGUUUCAAAACUAUGAAAAGGUAUGGAUCUUUUUCAAUGAAAAGUAAGAAACUACCAUUAAAUAUUUUAAAUGUUCUCUUUACACAACAAAAUGUAGGUAAUUGAUAACUAAAUUAUUGAUAUUUUAAAAUCUAAUGACAAUUUUCAUUGAUAUUUAGUGUAUAUGUACAUAUUUUUCAAACUGACUCAGUCUCAACUGAAUAACUGAACAGAACAUUCUCAAAAUAUAAGUGUGAUCUUUUACAUUAGAGGAAAAUAGAA